AAAUCAGUUGCCCAUCUGCGCUCAAAGUGAAUGCACGCAGUAAAGUCCCAGUUAAAAUCAACUGGUUUUCAGUAAUAUUCGAAGAACACAGACACAGAUACGUGCUCUCUCACACAGACAGCGCAGAGAGAGAGAGGGAGUCAAACCCAAGUGUGACCCCAAUUAAUGUAAAAAAAAAUGUCAAGAAUAGAAACUGUUCUCGGCAGCAUCCCGUCCAAUCUGUUGGGCCGGACUCUAACCCACGAGCAUGUGGCGCUGGACUUUGAACACUUCUAUAAGGCACCGCCGACAGAUUUCGAGAGCGAGCUGGACAAAAAGAUUAGUAUGACGACACUGGGUUACGUGCGUCUCUAUCCAUAUUCGAGUCGGGAGAACGUACGCUUUUAUGACGAUGAGGCGCUGCAGGCGUCCAGAAAGGAUGUGCUGCUCUAUAAGAAACAUGGCGGUGGCGCCAUUGUUGAGAACAGCAGUUACGGCUUAAAGCGUAAUCUGGACUUUAUUGUGGAUCUGGCCAAAACAACGGGCGUGCAUUUUAUCGCAGGCACCGGUCACUAUAUACAUGCCACGCAGGACUCGACGCAUUCCAAUCUCACCGUUGAACAGAUGAGUGAUAUGUACAGCAAGGAAAUCCUGACGGGUAUCGAGGUGAACGGUCAAAUGAUCAAAUGCGGUUUCAUUGGCGAGGUGGCCAGCGUUUAUCCCGUCAAAGAGUUCGAGAGUAAUUCCAUCCGUGCCGCUGGUGAAAUCCAGGAGGUACUUGGCUGUGGCGUCUCACUGCAUCCGCAUCGUGUAUCCCAGGCGCCUUUCGAAAUCCUGCGCCUUUAUCUGGAGGCGGGUGGGCGUGCCAACAAGUGUGUCAUGUCGCAUUUGGACCGUACCAUUUUUGAUAUGGAUGAGUUGUUGGAGUUUGCCAAAUUGGGAUGUUACUUGCAGUAUGAUCUCUUUGGCACCGAGUGCUCCUAUUACCAACUGAACUCGGCCGUGGACAUGAUAUCGGAUGGACAACGCAUCGAAAAUCUCAUCAAGUUAAUCAAUGAAGGACUUGUGGACAGGCUGCUCAUGUCACAUGACAUACACACAAAACAUCGCUUGACAUCCUAUGGUGGCCAUGGCUAUCAUCACAUACACACGAAUAUUGUGCCCCGAAUGCUGCAACGCGGCGUCACCCCCGAGCAGGUGAAACAAAUGACGGUCACCAAUCCGGCCGACUGGUUAGUCUUCAAUGCGUAGUGGGAUUUUCAGCUCUCGUCUUGACCUUCACACCAUGAUCAGCUGAUUACGCGAACAUGGAUUAUUAUGACCAUUUGUUUACAUCUUCAUUUAGUACGUUGUUGUUUUUAUGUGUCGAUUAGAUUAACAAUGUUGUUUGAAUGAACAAUGAAUUCCCAAAUAUAAAAUUAAUGGGUGUGUUUUAUAA